AUGAACCAGGCGCCUAAGAAUGUACAUCGAUUUUGUGACAUUUCUUUGAACGAAAACGAAAGAAAAGUGUUGGUUCGCUGGCUCAGGUACGGAGUUCGGGACAAACGCGACAAAUGUGGGCGUUGGUCGGAGCACUGAGCUGGAGAUGUAACUGAACGGAUUAACUGUAAAUGACGAAACUUUUCAGUUUUCAAAUGUGUAGAGAACAUUGAGAUAGAGAACAGUGGGAUUUUUAGAACAAUGAAAAGACAAUGGAACAUUCAGAUCACUGGAUCAUGACUGGAUGGCAUGGAGAACAGUGAGAUUUUCAAAACAAUGAAAAGACAAUGGAACAUUUUGAUCACUGGAUCAUGACUGGAUGGCAUGGAGAACAGUGAGAUUUUCAAAACAAUGAAAAGACAAUGGAACAUUUUGAUCACUGGAUCAUGACUGGAUGGCAUGGAGAACAGCGAGAUUUUCAAAACAAUGAAAAGACAAUGGCACAUUCUGAUCACUGGAUCAUGACUGGAUGGCAUGGAGAACAGUGAGAUUUUCAAAACAAUGAAAAGACAAUGGAACAUUCUGAUCACUGGAUCAUGACUAGAUGGCAUGGAGAACAGUGGGAUUUUCAAAACAAUGAAAAGACAAUGGAACAUUCUGAUCAUUGGAUCAUGACUGGAUGGCAUGAAGAACAGUGAGAUUUUCAAAACAAUGAAAAGACAAUGGAACAUUCUGAUCACUGGAUCAUGACUGGAUGGCAUGGAGAACAGUGAGAUUUUCAAAACAAUGAAAAGACAAUGGAACAUUUUGAUCACUGGAUCGUGCCUGGAUGGCAUGAAGAACAGUGAGAUUUUCAAACAAUGAAAAGACAAUGGAACAUUCUGAUCACUGGAUCAUGACUGGAUGACAUGGAGAACAGUGGGAUUUUCAAAACAAUGAAAAGACAAUGGAACAUUUUGAUCACUGGAACAUGACUGGAUGGCAUGGAGAACAGUGGGAUUUACAAAACAAUGAAAAGACAAUGGAACAUUUUGAUCACUGGAACAUGACUGGAUGGCAUGGAGAACAGUGGGAUUUACAAAACAAUGAAAAGACAAUGGAACAUUUUGAUCACUGGAACAUGACUGGAUGGCAUGGAGAACAGUGAGAUUUUCAAAACAAUGAAAAGACAAUGGCACAUUUUGAUCACUUGAUCAUGACUGCCCAGAAGACAGUACCAUUUUAGCCAAAUUUUUGGAUUGAUUUCAUUCUUUCCUUUUAUUUUUAAGAAAUUUGGAAGACAAAACGUCAAGCCAGUAUCUACAAAUUGUGUUUUCAUUUUCUAUACCAAGCGGAGAAAGCCUUGCAAAGAUUAAAAAUCUGGAGAAGCCAAUAAUAUCUGCUGGGGCUGUAAGUGAUUAAACUCAGAAACUCAGAAUCUAUGCUAGAUAGGUGGGGGUGUUAAAUUACGAGACAAUAAUUACAGCCUUCAGUCUCACGCUCAGUUUAUCCGCCAUUUUUGCAAUCUAUGCUAGAUAGGUGGUGUUUAAUUACGAGACUCAGGUUAUCCGCCAUUUUUGAGGUACUGUCGUAUGAGAUGCAAUAUUUCAAAUCGGACUUGAAAUCUAGUCCAGUCCUCACGGUCAGAUUUGAAAUAUUACCUAGUAGUCCUAGAUAUUUGGCGGCAAAUAAACAGAAAGUGAUGUGGUUUGAUUUCUUAACUGUCCCCGGUACUGUGUUUACGGACACUGCCCAAUGAAGAUCUUUGCUUCGGAAAUUGCAAUAAUUUUUGUGCGUUCAAUCUUCGCCUCUCGUUUUUACAGGGUACAGGAUAUUGGGAAUAUUUGUUAACACAUUUUUAUGGCGUAGAUGUGAUUGCAUUUGACAGCAAUACAACUUAUCCUGAAAACAUGCAUUACAUGACAAUUCAAGUGAGUCAACUUACGUAAUAAAUAUGGCCAUGCCUGCAACUCUAAUUCUGAGAACUAAAUUUAUUUUUAAAAUAUUUUUCUAAUUUUAGAAAGGACGUCCAGAUAUGUUAAAGAAUUUCAGAGAUAGAGCGUUAUUUUUGGCCUGGCCAGACAAAGAUGGUACGCUGUGCAAUAUUUGAUAGCAUUGUGUUUUCGUUGAAUAAACGUUAAAUUACGUCAUAAACUAAAGUUGUUUCAGAUCUGCAAACAAGGUUGUUGUCAAAGGUUGUUGUCAAAGCCAAUAUCAGGAUGUGUUCGCACUGCUUGUUCCCAGUUGUUGCGACAAAUCUGGAACAAGUUGUUAUCACCUUGUUACAAGGUUGAUGACGGCACAGACAGGUUGUUCAUAACGAGUCGCUACAAGCUUGCUGUUAGCCUGUUAAUUAUCAACUUGUUAACAACUUGUUACAUGCUAGACGAUAUCAGACUUGUUGGAACAACUUGUUGGCCUCAUCAACCUUGUUACAAGAUGAUAACAACUUGUUCCAGACUUAUGGCAUGUCUUUUUCUUUUGCAGAAGAAAGUACGUUUUCUUUGGACUGUCUGCAUCAUUACGAUGGCGACAUAAUAAUCCAUGUUGGGGAACUCUACGGUGAAACAUUUUCAAACAAUCCUUGGGGACAGUCUACAUCAAGAAUAUUUCAACUUGAACUUGGCGAAACAUUUCGGUGCGUGUAUCGAAAACGCCUGCCCAGCUGGCCUGGGUAUAUGGACAGUCUAAGUAUUUGGUGGAAAAUUGGCGUUGCUGUAGACUGUGAUGGAGGCAUGUUUUGUCAUGUUCCUGGAUUUGAAACAAUCAAACAGUCGGAUUGA